GUAGUGUGGUUUGAUGAUGAGGUUUAGUGAUCCAUUGUUGCACAAGUGCUCUCUGCGACGACCCUGUGGCAGAAAGUGUUGCGCGCACACUAGGGCGCCAUUCCAGUGGAAAAUGUGCAGCCCUACACUACAGGGGUCCUGUGUUGGGUAAAGAUGUUCCAUAGUCAGCAUCUGUUGGUACCUCCAUUACAACUAGGACGUCUACAUCCCUGCAGUGCAAGAUAAUAUUUGCCCACGUGUUAGGUUAUAACAAAAAGUCGGUUUGAAUAUUAAAAAACGAAUAAACGUACAUCAGCUUGCUCAAAUCUUGCAUCAGUGAUGGUUGUUUACUGGUAAGUCUAAACCAGUAUAAACCAAACAAUGGUCAAGUGCAGCAGGUUUUUCUUUUUAAAAGUAACACGCUUUGUGGUGUGUAUAUAUAAUUGUCAGGUUGGCCAUGUAAACACAAACAAAAAACAUCUUAAACGUAAAGAGUUUCUUAGCCACGUACUACUUUUUGCACCUCAUGCACACUAUUGCACUUUUUAAAGUGAUCUGAAUCGUGGAACCCUAAAUUGUCCUCGUAUCUGAACCUACACUCAGUGUGCUGUUUAUUCACAGAGCUGCAUCUGUAUGUUAAUCUUUUCCACACGUUUAAUCCUCUGGGUUGCAAAGUCGUGCGCAAACGCUGGCAAUGACGCGCGCGCUUUAGUCAUCGUCUGUACGCGUGCGAGAGUCGCCGCGCUUCCGUUUUCAUUUUCGCUCUCACACCUAUAGCGUGUACGUCACCCCGAAGACGCUGUUUUCCUAGUUUUGCGAUCGCAAAGACACAUGAUCAGACAGAAAACAUUCAUGGUGCCAUUAUGGGUUGUGGCGCUUCAGUAUCCACAGAGAACCAAGGAAAGCCGUCAGAAAUCCUGAACUCUCAAAGGAGCUCACGUGCACUUUUUUCCAAAAAACUUUUUGAUCCUCCUCUAGCUCCUCAUGCAGAGUUGAUGGUCAAGCCUCCGAGCCCGAUACUGGUGAUGAAAGCUGCCAUACUGAUCCAGCGCUGGUACCGGCGUUACAUCGCACGGCUCGAGAUCAGGAGACGUUACACGUGGAACAUCUUCCAGUCCAUAGAGUAUGCAGGAGAACAAGACCAGCUGCAGCUUUCCAGUUUCUUCAGCUUCAUGUUGGAUAACUUCAAACAGCUCAGUGGGAACGGACCAGAUCUGAUCUCUCACCUGCUGGACCCUGCGCUAGACCCAGUAACAGAGGAACUCCGACACUACAAGUACGAGCAGAUCGCUGUUCCUGAGUCGUACAGCGGCCCUCGCCUCUCCUUCCCCCUGAGCGUCACCGAUACCAACACCCUGCUCAGUGCCUUCAAGGAGCAGCAGAUUCUCCAUGCCAAAUACGUGCUGCAGUUACUUCACGAGACGCAGAAGUUUCUAAAACAGAUGCCAAACGUCAUUUACCUGUCGUCGUCCUACGCCAAGGAAAUCACCAUCUGCGGUGACCUACAUGGAAGACUAGACGACUUGCUCCUGAUAUUCUAUAAGAAUGGUCUGCCAUCUGCUGAGAACCCCUACGUCUUCAAUGGGGACUUUGUGGACCGUGGAAAGAAGUCCAUGGAAAUUAUCAUCAUCCUAUUCGCCUUUCUGCUUCUCUAUCCAGAUCACAUGCACCUCAACCGAGGCAACCACGAGGAUCACAUCAUGAACCUGCGAUACGGCUUUACAAAAGAGGUGAUGCAGAAGUACAAGACCCACGGAAGAGAAAUCCUCCAGCUCCUUCAAGACGUCUUCAGCCUGCUCCCAAUUGCGACGAUCAUCGAUAACAAAGUCCUCAUUGUUCAUGGCGGCAUCUCAGAUGAAACCGACUUGGACUUUCUGAGCUCUGUCGAAAGACACAAGGUCAAGUCAGCUUUGCGGCUGCCCAAGUGUAGUUUGGACCACUUGCGUGUUUGCAGUGACGAGGGGAAGCGCAAGAGGAAGAGCCGCCUCACCUGGCAGAGCAGCAGCUCUUCGUCGUCGUCCUCCUCCUCAGUGUGCUCACCCCGACGAUCGUGGCGUGCUCCCCCAUCACCCAAACUCCCUAGCCCUGCUGACAUACUCCAAGUUCCUUUCCUCGACUCUAUAGUGUCCCUCGCUCUGCCUGAGGCACCCAGAGAAGAGAUGGAAUGGAAGCAGAUUGUGGAUGUGUUGUGGAGCGACCCAAAGAACCAGAACGGAUGCAGUCCGAACUCGUUCCGUGGAGGAGGAUGCUACUUCGGGCCUGAUGUCACAAGGCGGCUCCUUGAGAAGCACGGCAUGUGCUUACUUAUUCGAUCACAUGAAUGCAAGCAGGAGGGCUAUGAGCUCUGUCAUGAUGGACAGGUAAUCACUAUUUUCUCGGCAUCCAACUACUACGAGGAGGGCAGUAAUCGUGGUGCAUACAUAAAGCUGGGUCCCGAUCUGAUCCCACGUUUCUUCCAGUAUCAAGUGAGCCGUAGCACCAGGAAGCUGACUUUGCAACAGAGAGUCAGUGUGGCUGAAAGCUCAGCUCUAAAGGCUCUGCAAGAGAAGCUGUUUGCCCAUCGCUCUGAACUCAUGACUGCCUUUCAGCAAUACGAUAUCUACAAGACAGGCAGGAUCUCCACCAAUGAAUGGGCUCAAGUAGUGGAAUCAAUCCUGAGGUUGGAUCUUCCGUGGCGUACUUUAAGACCACGACUUGUGCGUCUGGCCUCUGACGGCAGUGUAGAAUACGAGUCAUGCUUUGAAAACAUUGGCCCAGGGCAACCUAUGCCACAGGUUGCCCCAAACUUAGCAGAAACUUUAUACAGAUAUCGAACUGACCUUGAGAUCAUCUUCAAUAUCAUCGACAAGGACCAUUCUGGUCAGAUAUCCAUUGAGGAAUUCCGCCACACGUGGAAACUCUUUAGCUCACACUUGAGUGUGGAUGUGGACGACCGAGCCAUCGAAGACAUGGCACGCAGCAUCGAUUUCAACAAGGACGGCAGUAUCGAUUUCAACGAGUUCCUCGAGGCUUUCCGAGUCGUACAUAAGCUGGACAUGAAGGAGCAACAACAAGGCUGACACACACACACACAUACUAAGACAACACACUGAAAUAAAACACUGUUAAUCAAUAGUGCAGAUAUUAAUUCAUAUGAAAGUUAACAAUACAGAUGUGACCCUAAGCCUAUAACACUGCAUUGUGGAGCUACUGUGUUUGAUUCAGUGAUAUUUAGUGGAUAUUAAUAAAGGACUUUAUACUCCUAUAAUCGCCAACAUUUUAAGGUCAUUAUGACUGAUGUAAACUGUUCAUCGCCUUUAAAAAUAAUUUUAAACAAAUUCUAAUAAACGUGCAUCUAAAACCUAAACAAGGCAUGAAACUAAUCGAUACCUGAAGAAUAAUUUGACGCAUGUAAGAUUUAAGAGAGAUGAUAAAUCAGUGCAGAUUUUCUGUGUGUUUUCAUUGUUAAGUUUUUAAGUUUAUUUGUACUUUGCCUGGACGUUUGUUCAGUAUCGAUAUUGGUAUUGAUAACACUUUUUUUAAAAAAAUUAAGUCGAUUUUUUUAUUUAUAUUAGGGUUUUAUAAAGUUUUUUACAUUGCGUCAGUCAUUGGAAAAAAAAGACUUGGCUGUGAGGGAAUAGCACUUGAUUAAGUUCAUUUUAGGAACUAAUUUGGUCUGAAAAACAAAAUUAAAAUGAAGAAAAUCUUCACUAAAAUGUUAAGAAUAUUUAUUCUAAGCUGUGCAAAAUGUUUACUAGUAAUAAAUGUAGCAAAGGUUUACAAUAUUUUCAGAAAAACAUGGUUUUGGUGUCAAUUAGGAAUUUUACAUGCAAUAAUAUCGAACACUAUUUAUCUACAAUGAAUUUAUUAACCUCUACACGUACUUCAGAAAUUUCAGGUUGCUAUGAUUAACUUUGCAUGAAAAGAAUGCAGUCAAUUCAGUAUUCCACACAACAGGCAUCUUAAAAGACUGAAAUAUACAAUUGUAUCUAACUGGGAAUGUAAUUUAGCUUUAAGUAAAAUUACCGAUUUUUUUUUUUUUUUUAAGAAAUAAUGUAUAUGUGGUUAUUAACUUAGUUUUAGUUUUCUCUGUAAGCUUUUAACAAAAUGUUUAAGAAAAUGAAAAAUAUUUUAGUCUAGCUGUGUGACUGUAUAUAGUAGUAGUAAGCAAAGUUUAGAGAAAUUUAAAUAAAAAAAUGUUUUUCAUCA